GGGUGCUUCUCUGCUUCGUGGAGUCGGUUGAUCUUGAAACCCCGUAUGUUUUGCGCCGCCUGAGACUGUAUACCUCCAUACUGAAGAAAUUUAUCAGUAUCGUUUUCUGGAAGUUGAUUGGAUCGGACGGCUUCAGAAUUUCAGGCAGUACGUGUGGUUCAUGUCUGGGAAAGCUUCCAGCAGUCCGUACAUCUAAGCUUGUGGCUGGUUACCACAUCAAAUCCGGCAGACUACUGAGGCAUGUCCUCAAUUUCCGGUGAUCGUUCCCCACGCUUCAUCCUACCUCAGUCUGCCCAGCCAUACACAUCUAUAUUUGGUGGUUCUAGCAGCCAAGAUGUUGCAGAUCUCCAACCGUACCCGGAAUGGCAAGGGGACGCCACUUUUGAUUCUGAUGACGCCGAUGUGUCUAUGAAAGAUAUACCAAUGGUUGAGGAUGAUCAUUCCGAUGAUUCUACCUACAGAGACAGUGACGAAGACGAGUCCGGGUCAGAAGCCGGAGGCUCUCCGCAGAGAGCGCCCCAAAGCACUGCGAAUGCCGCCACUAUUCACAGUGAUAUUGAUGGCCCACCAUCAUCUCCUGCAUAUCGGCCCAAUAGAUUCCGCGGCGCUGAAUCGCAAUGGAGAAAGCUGACUGCUGAAGAUAGACAGAAUGCUGAAGCUUUGGAAACGAUUCGGGCUAGAGACCUUGCAGCUCAUCUGUACAACGCGUAUGCGUUGCGAGUACGGGCCCGUGAGCUAGCAAGGCAAGCUGUCGAAGCUGGCGAAUCAGAAGAUGAAACCAAAUUUUUUGGCCCUCCAAAGCGAUGGGCAGCAUGGCCCAUGUCGGCUACUGAGGUGCCUCGCGGAAACGAGCAUGUCCGUAGAGGGGAAGACGAGGCAUGGACUUUGAGAAUGCGGCCGGAUCCUCGUCUAAGUGCCGAGUUAGAGGAAUCGCUCAUGGCUAUAAUGCUCAAGGACGCAAAGGAAAAAUUCCAGACUAGGCCUUGGGACGACAAGCUUUCCUCUGUACAACAGUGGGCAAUGUCUCAAGCCAAGACACAAAAUGACACUGCCGCCGAUGGGGAACAGGAAAGCGAUCUCGAUUUACUUGAUGAACCCUCACUACGUCCUGUCGUUCAGGCUGACGAUGAAAAAUCACGACUCCAAUUACGACCGCUGACCCGAAAUAUACUCACCCAAUUUGAUGACCUACUUAUGGCUCUUCAUAACGCUCGCAACGGUGGAGGAGGAGCGGACGACAGCUCCGCAAGUGAGUGGCAAACAGAUACAGAGAGUAUUGCCUCUAGCAUCUCAUCCCGCAAGAGAAGAGCAGUACAAACUACCGCUGAGCGAAGUCAAUCGAGGGGUAGGAAGCGCACGCGCAGGUCAUCCACCCGAACUGGGUCAAGCCGUCCACGUUCUCACAGUGGGCAUGCAUCAAGUGGACGAGCAUCUUCCCGGCUCAGCUCACGUUGUCAACCAACAUCACAGUACUCAAAGCCGCGGGGACGUUCAACUGGCAGCGACCGCAAAAGGUCGGCAAGUCAUAUGCGUCUUGGCCUCCGCGACUGGAGCGAAGUAUUAGGUAUUGCCUCUAUGAUCGGCUUUCCACCAGCCGUGGUAAUGCGUUCUUCACAAAGAUGUGCCGCUCUGUUUCGUGAGGAUAUGGAGUUUCGGGUUUUGCAAGAAGGUACCUUACAGCAAGUUCAGGACGGGAAUUCUUCUACAUGGAUCUACGCGGAAGUUGAGCCCGAGGAACCUGAAGCUUCGCUGCCGCCUCCUUCACCUCCUCGUACCAAACCAUCCCUCUCCCGCACGGCUUCUGUGAAGAAGGCUUCUAGCACCCGAGUUACUAGCCCUGCUACCGAUCAUACUGAUGAGGUGACCAAGCGCAAAGGCAAGGGUCAACACCGCAAGCAAGAUUUAAUAUGCCCCAUCGGGACGUGUCCUCGGCAUAUCAAUGGGUUCACACGGACAUGGAACCUUAACUUGCACAUGAAACGCAUGCAUCCUGGAUAUCUCCCGAAGAGUACUGACUCAAAAUUCAAGUCUUCCACUGUCGGCCUUGCUGGUGAUACUGACGGUUAA